AAGAACAAAAUUUUAGGAAUAUCAAGAAUGCAUUGUUUUCCCUUUUGCAACUUUACCAUAUCUCAAUGGUAAAAACUUUCUAAUCAAUAUCUAGAAACACAGUGCAUUCUACUAACAAUUCUUUUAUGUUUCUCAUAAAUUAUUGCAUGAAAAGCCAUGAAGAUGUCAAUACAGACCUCUUCUUGGCAGUAAUUUUCCAAGAAUUAUAGCAUAUUUUUAUACAAGAAAAAAAUUUAAAAAGAAGUUGAAGAAAAAUAUUUGCAAUGGCGACUUCUUCGAAUCCAAGAAAAGUAGAUUCCUCGAACCGACCACCUCAGGCGGUCAAAUUCUCACGACGCACGUCCAGUGGACGCGUCGUGAGCUUAUCCCGGGACGAUGAUCUAGACGUCCCAGGCGAUAGUCAAAAUGAUUUUAUCAACUAUACAGUAAUGAUGCCACCAACCCCGGAUAAUCAACCAGGGGCUGAUGCAAAUGGUGACAAGCCAGAUGGUUCUGGACCAUAUGGCUCGUCUAGAUUCAGGACCGAGUCCCAAAGGCGAAUGGGUAGUCGUGGAGGUGAAGAUGAUGAUGGUGGUUUUGGUGGUGGUGCGCGCGGUGGAAAUGCAUCGGGUUUGGAUCGUAGGAUGUCUGUACUAAAAUCGAAUAAUAAAUCAAUGUUACUAAGGAGCCAGACUCAAGAUUUUGAUCAUAAUCGUUGGCUUUUCGAAACUAAAGGAAAAUAUGGUAUUGGAAAUGCUUUUUGGCAACAAGAUGAAGGAUCAUAUGAUCAUGAUACUGGAAUGAGUAUGUCUGAUUUUAUGGACAAACCAUGGAAACCACUUACAAGAAAAAGCAAAGUCCCUCCUGAGAUCAUUAGCCCCUACAGAUUACUUAUUGUUAUCCGGCUAGUGGCAUUAAUUUGUUUUUUGACAUGGCGAGUCCAAAAUCCAAAUUAUGAUGCAAUGUGGCUAUGGGGAAUGUCAAUAGCAUGUGAACUAUGGUUUGCAUUUUCAUGGCUUCUUGAUAUUCUUCCAAAAUUUAACCCCAUUAAUAGAUCUGCUGAUUUAGCUGCCCUUAAAGAAAAAUUCGAAAGCCCGUCGCCUUCGAAUCCUCAUGGUAGAUCAGAUUUACCAGGAGUUGAUGUGUUUAUUUCUACAGCUGAUCCUGAUAAAGAACCUCCUCUUGUUACUGCUAAUACUAUACUUUCAGUUCUUGCUGUUGAAUAUCCUAUUGAGAAACUAUCUCUUUAUAUUUCUGAUGAUGGUGGUGCUAUUCUUACUUUUGAAGCUAUGGCUGAGGCUGUCAACUUUGCUCAGGUUUGGGUGCCAUUUUGUCGAAAACAUAACAUUGAGCCAAGAAAUCCAGACAGUUACUUCAAUCAAAAGACAGAUCCAACGAAAAACAAGAAGCGUCCUGAUUUUGUGAAGGAUCGACGUUGGAUCAAGAGGGAAUACGACGAGUUCAAGGUCAGGAUCAACGGUUUACCAGAAGUUAUACGCAAAAGAUGCGAGAUGUAUAACUCAAAAGAAGAAAUGAAGGAAAAGGAACUAGCAAAGGAGAAUAAUGGAGGGGAAGAUGUUAAAGCUCAAAAGGCAACUUGGAUGGCUGAUGGCACACAUUGGCCUGGCACUUGGUUUAGUCCUAUUGCUGAUCACUCUAAAGGAGAUCAUGCCGGAAUUUUGCAAAUAAUGAGCAAGGUGCCGGAAAAUGAUCCAAUAAUGGGAGGUCCAAAUGAAAAGCAAUUAGACUUCACCGGUAUUGACAUCCGAAUUCCCAUGUUUGCGUAUGUGUCUCGUGAGAAACGGCCAGGUUAUGAUCAUAACAAGAAAGCAGGAGCAAUGAACGCCUUGGUUAGAGCUUCUGCAAUUCUUUCAAAUGGACCAUUUAUACUCAACUUGGAUUGUGAUCAUUACGUCUAUUACUCCAUGGCCAUUCAAGAGGGUAUGUGUUACAUGAUGGAUCGUGGUGGUGAUCGUAUUUGCUACCUACAAUUCCCUCAAAGAUUUGAAGGAAUUGAUCCCUCUGAUCGAUAUGCUAACCAUAACACUGUGUUUUUUGAUGGAAAUAUGCGAGCUUUGGAUGGUCUACAAGGUCCUGUAUACGUUGGGACUGGAUGUAUGUUCAGGCGCUAUGCACUCUAUGGUUUCCACCCGCCACGAGCUAAUGAGUACACGGGCUUCCUUGGGAAAAACAAGAAAGAAGCGAAAAAUAUUACAAUGCCAUCAGACUUAGAUGAUGAUUCACAACCUUUAACAGGACAUCCUGACUUGAACUUGCCAAAGCAAUUUGGAAAUUCGACGAUGUUUGUUGAGUCAAUAGCAGUAGCUGAAUUUCAAGGACGGCCUCUAGCCGAUCACAUCACUGUUAAAAAUGGCCGGCCACCUGGCGCCUUACUCAUUCCGCGUCCUCCACUAGAUGCACCAACUGUAGCUGAGGCUAUUGCAGUCAUCUCUUGCUGGUUUGAGGACAAAACAGAAUGGGGAGAUAGAAUAGGAUGGAUUUAUGGAUCAGUGACAGAAGAUGUGGUCACAGGAUACAGAAUGCACAAUCGUGGAUGGCGAUCUGUCUACUGUAUUACAAAACGAGAUGCUUUUCGUGGCACUGCACCUAUCAACUUGACAGAUCGUUUGCACCAGGUGCUUCGUUGGGCAACUGGUUCAGUCGAGAUUUUCUACUCUCGCAACAAUCCAGCUCUAGCCAGCCCGCGUCUUAAGUUCUUACAACGCAUUGCAUACUUCAAUGUUGGUGUCUACCCUUUCACCUCAAUCUUCCUUGUUGUCUACUGUUUCAUUCCAGCACUUUGCCUCUUCAGCGGACAAUUCAUCGUAUCGAAUUUAAGCAUACCGUUUCUUUCCUAUCUCUUGCUCAUUACUAUCACUCUUGUUCUCAUAUCACUUCUUGAAGUCAAAUGGUCUGGUAUAGCCCUUGAGGAACUAUGGCGAAACGAGCAGUUUUGGCUCAUCGGUGGCACGAGUGCUCACUUUGCUGCUGUAAUUCAGGGACUUUUAAAGGUGGUAGCAGGCGUUGAGAUCUCGUUUACAUUGACAUCGAAAUCUGCUGGUGAUGAGGAUGAAGACAUAUAUGCUGAUUUACAUGUAGUGAAAUGGACAAGUUUAUUUAUACUUCCAUUGACAAUAUUGGUGGUGAAUUUAACUGCAAUUGUUAUUGGUAUUGCAAGGACAGUAUACAGUGUGAUACCACAAUGGAAUAGGCUAUUUGGUGGUGCAUUUUUCAGCUUUUGGGUGUUGUCACAUUUAUAUCCAUUUGCUAAAGGAUUAAUGGGAAGAAGAGGAAGAGUGCCAACAAUUGUAUACAUAUGGACAGGGCUUAUUGCUAUUACUGUUUCCUUACUUUGGUUAUCUAUUUCUCAAGGUAAUAAUACUGAUGGAGGAAACUUUAAGAUAUAGAAAAACGAGAAUUAAUGCGCCUCAGUCACAAACAAGUUAGAUCGGCGAUAUGAAUCCGUAGAAACAAGAAGAUCUACAAAAAGGGGUAACCUUUUUUAUGUAAUGGGAAGGUUAUGAAUUCCAAGAUUGUAAUUGUUUUUGCUAUUACAGAAAGUUAUAAGUAUAUGAGUUAGAUUUAGCUUUGUAGGCCUCCAUAUUUUGUUAAUGUAAAGGAGGAAUGUUAAUAGCUCAAUGGUAUUUUAUCAAUAAAGAAUAAGGAGAGUUACACAUA